UGAAAACAGAUCACCCGGGGGUCUCACCGCAAACAGUCGCGCUCUCAAACUCUUCUGUUGUUUUGAUUUCCCAAACUUCUCUGAUCUGAUUCCGCGCGCGCGCUCUCGUCGUUGUUGUUGUUGCGCGAUCGGAUGAUUCGGCAGAUGAAAACUUCAUUCGCUCGUUCUCACUGAUGAUGGACCGUAAAAGUUAGUGUCCGCUGAACUUUCGCACCUCAGACCCGCUGGUUCUCGUGAAGAUCUUCGCUCGUGUUUUGAUGGAUGUUCGUGGGACGCGCUUCUGUUUUCUGGAGCCAGAAAGUUUCCAGUGAAGAAAGAGUUUGAUCGCGAGUUUGGAGGUUUGAUUCACUCUUCAGAGCUGAAUUGUUCAGAAUGGAGGCCAGUGUGCCCACCGCCGCAGAGAAGAAGGACUGUAAGACGUCCGCUCUGGAUGGAAACGGCUUCAGCGAGCUGCCCAAAAAACCUUCCCCAUCAUCCCUGGCCAGAGGCCCUCAUCACAUCUUCCCAACUUUCCAUUCUCCGAUCCCCAUCGACGUGCGUCACCAUGAGGGGAGAUACCACUACGAACCCCACGCGCUCCACGCUCUGCACGGGCCUCCAGGGUUAGCGGGAAGCCCGGUGAUUUCCGACAUCUCUCUGAUCCGACUGUCUCCGGGGGGCGCCGGCGAGUCCUUCCUCCCUCCUCACUCCUACGUCUCGCCGCACAUGGAGCAUUACCUGCGCUCGGCACACAGCAGCCCGACCCUGUCCAUGAUCUCAGCGGCCCGAGGACUGAGUCCGGCUGACGUGGCUCACGAGCACCUGAAGGAGCGAGGGUUGUUCGGUCUGCCCCCUCCACCUCCCGGCGCCACCCCGGCGGACUAUUACCACCUGAUGACGGGCCACAGGAACCCGUACGGAGAGCUGCUGAUGCAGGGAGCCGGAGCGGCCGCGGCUGCCGCUCACCUGCCCGACUACUUCACACCGGUGGACGUGUCACGGUUUCCCAGCCCUCGUCUGACGCCCAGGUUGAGUCGAAAGCGAGCGCUGUCCAUCUCUCCGCUCUCAGACGCCAGCAUCGACCUGCAGACCAUGAUCCGGACGUCACCCAACUCUCUGGUGGCCUACAUCAACAAUUCCCGCUCCAGUUCGGCCGCCAGCAGCUCCUAUGGACACCUGUCUGUCGGAGGCAUCAGCCCUUCGUUCCCGUUCCCACACUCCAUUAAUCCAGUGGCGUAUCAGCAGCUGUUAUCCCAGCAGCGAGGCCUCAGCGCGUUCGGUCACACGCCGCCGCUCAUACAGCCGUCACCCACGUUCUCCAGCAGACACCCACUGAGCCUCUCCGCCCUGCCCACGCCCACCGCCAGUGACAUGGACACAAAGAACACAAAUGGCGACUCUGCAGUCAGCAGCACGGUAAACCCACUGAACAACAAGAGGUCAAAGGUCAAGACAGAGUUGGACGGGCCGCGACCUGUGUCGCCGUGCUCUCCGGACCAUCUGGGCGGCGCAUUGGACCUGAAGGAAGACUUGGACGACUGCAAGCAGGAGGCGGAGGUGGUGUACGAGACCAACUGCCACUGGGAGGGCUGCAGCAAAGAGUACGACACGCAGGAACAGCUGGUGCAUCACAUCAAUAACGAACACAUCCACGGGGAGAAGAAGGAGUUUGUGUGCCGCUGGGAGGAGUGCUCGCGCGAACAGAAGCCCUUUAAAGCGCAGUACAUGCUGGUGGUUCAUAUGCGCAGACACACCGGGGAGAAACCGCACAAGUGCACUUUCGAGGGCUGCUCUAAGGCGUACUCUCGUCUGGAAAAUCUGAAAACUCACCUGCGCUCACACACCGGAGAGAAACCAUACGUGUGUGAGCAUGAAGGCUGCAACAAGGCUUUCUCCAACGCCUCGGACCGAGCCAAACACCAGAACCGCACACACUCCAACGAGAAACCCUACGUGUGUAAGAUCCCGGGCUGCACGAAGCGCUACACCGAUCCCAGCUCGCUCCGGAAACACGUCAAAACCGUCCACGGCCCCGAAGCUCACGUCACCAAGAAACAACGCGGCGACCUGCCUUCGCGACCCCAUCCGCCCAAGGAAAAUGGAGAGAACGAGGCGGGAACCAAGCUGGCGGGUCGAACGGCGGAGGAGAAACUCGAAGCCAACAGCACAACUAGAGGAGUGGAGGACUAUCUGCAGGUCAAGUCUAUAAAGACCGAGAACUCUAUGAUGUAUCAGUCCAGCCCUGGUGGUCAGUCAUCAUGUAGCAGCGAGCCGUCACCACUUGGCAGUGCCGCCCACCAUGACGGUGGAGUAGAGCCGACAGGACUCAGCGGGGGCAGCAUAGGAGAUCUGAGCGCCCUGGAUGACGCGCCCCUUGUGGAUUCCACCGUCUCCACAGGAAUGUUGGGCCUCCAUCUUCGCAAGAACGCCAGCCCUGCCCACAGACUCACGCAUCUAAAGCAAGAAAAGCUGAAGUCGGUGAGGGACUCGUGCUCCUGGGCAAACCCAACUCCUCCUGCCCCCAGCACCAAGCUUCCACCCAUCAAUACCAGAUCUUUAUUGGAAAGUUCUGGCGGUCUGUGCGAUCCAGGGCUUUCCAUCUCCAGCCCACGCCUGGGCGAUCUUUGUCCUGGUGAGACUACGGUUCUAAGUCAACUGGUGGAGCGUCGGGACAGUCUGGCCAGCACCGUGAGCUCGGCUUACACACUUAGCCGUCGUUCUUCCGGAAUCUCGCCCUGCUAUUCAAGCCGUCGGUCCAGCCAAACCUCACAAACUGGUGGGCGCCUUAACAUCAGCUCUGCUGGCUCCUACGACCCCAUUUCCACCGAUUUGUCUAGAAGGUCCAGUGAGGCCAGCCAUUGUGGAGGAAUCCCCAGUGUACUCAGUUUGACUCCUGCCCAACACUACAGACUCAAAGCCAAAUAUGCUGCUGCCACAGGCGGCGCGCCGCCCACCCCUCUACCUAAUAUGGACUGUAUGAGCCUGAAGACUCGGAUGGCCCUGUUUGGGGAUUCCCAUGAAAUGUCCACACUCCCCAUCCAUCCCCCUUCAGUUCCCAGAAGGUGUAGUGACACCAGCUACGCCAACCGUAGCAUCUUGCCCCAUGAGGUGAUGGGAAACAUCACUCGCAGAGCAAGCGACCCAGUUAGAAGAGUAGGUGCUGAGCAGCAUUCCCUCCAGCAGCGUUACAAUAGCAUGACCAAUGUCAACCAAUAUCCGUCGUUGCACCCUCCUGGAUCCAUCCGACAUUUUUCGCAGAUCAACAGCCUGUCCGAGGGUAACGUAAACCAACGCCACCAAUAUCCACCCCGACCUCCUAGCAUUUCUGAGAAUGUGGCAAUGGAAACCAUGGUGAGUGACAUGGACAAUCAGAACAAUGGACUUGAUGAUGCAAUGAUGUUACCUGAUGACGUCGUUCAGUACCUUACAUCUCAGAAUGGAGAUUCCACGCAACAUGCGGGGAUAGUGUACCGCCACUAUCCUGGACAGGGCCUCCACGGUUUUGGUUCCCUGCAGCAGUGUCAUUACCAGAGACGCCUGGCCUUGGUGGAAGGCAACAUGAAUGCCGUAACACAACAAACGGCAGCUCCAAGCUCUCAGCAGACAUUCCCAGGUUCCCCCAAUGCCACUAAGAGCCAGAUGCCGGUGCAGUGGAACGAGGUCAGUUCAGGGACAGUGGAUUCAUCUCGCAGCCAAGCCAAGCAGGGAUCAGGGCGGGGAAACCUCACCACACUCCAACAAAAACAAAACCUCAGCAAUUUUCAGAACGUCAACUCCAACCAACAAGUUGGGCUAAUGAGUCAGAACCUCGCUCACACUGCCCAACAGAGUCACGUGCAACGGAAUAGCGAGUUUAACUCGCAGAGGUUUGACCAGAGGCAACCACUACGACAGGCAAACGCAGAGCAGGCUAUCUUUCUGCAUGAGGGUUCUGCUUCAAAUGACAUCAGUGUAGGUUUGCUGAGCCCGUCUGGUAAAGUGCUGACGGCACAGUCUGGCAGCGUCCAGAAUAACAGGGUACGAGCUAGUCAAAGCCAUGCCACUUUUCAAAAUAAUCAUGGAAAUUAUUCCCAGAUGAACAUCAACCAGCAAGGCUAUGGCAUUCUGGCCCAGAAUCCCACGCUGAACGGAAACCAUGGACUGCUACAGCCAAGGCCGCCCACAGAAGCCAAACCCUACAGCCGGCAGCUCUCAGGGCCAACGACAACUGCAGCGCAGCAACUUGGUUACCCACAAUCCAACUUUAGCCCUGCAUAUGACACCUCUGAGGCCAGUCCUAAAAAAGCAGAUACCAACGGCAUGUUCUACAUGGGACGGAUUCACAUGUUCGAGUCCAGCAGUCUGGGAAUGGCGGAUGCAGUGCAAAGCGCAGCCAUGGCCACUGUCGGCUCCCCAGAAACAAAUCAGGUCUCCAGCACAGUGGAUUCGAAUGGAGCAGAGCACCCGCAGAUCGACUUUGACGCCAUGCUGGAUGACGGUGAUCACUCCAGCCUCAUGUCAGGAACUUUAAGCCCCACCCUCCUCCGCAGCCUAUCCCAGAAUUCCUCCCGUCUCACCACGCCCAGAAACUCAGUGACACUGCCCCCGGUGCCUGCGGGAAUUGGCAACAUGGCCAUCGGAGACAUGAGCUCCAUGCUGACUGCGCUCGCAGAGGAAAGCAAGUUCCUCAAUAUGAUGUCAUAGGAAAAACAGGAAGCACAAGACUAAAAGAGACCCGUGUGACAUAAUAUGACAUAAACAUUUUUUAAAUCCUUUUUAAAAGUGUAUUAUUCUGUAUAGUAUUAGUUGAGACUUUGGUAACAUCUUUUUGUUUUGUUCAAGAAGCCAUACUUUGCCUUAGACCAGUGUAUGUACAGCACAUAUGAACAGACAGAGAAUUUGAUAUGCGACAGUCCUGUAUUUUUAUACGACUUCUGAAUUGACGACACGAACGCAAGAAACAAGUGCCUCGCUGUGCACAAGCGUAUGCAGGAAUUAUAUUACUCUAGCAGAACGGGACUGUAUCUUUUCGGUCCUCUUCAAUGGAUAUGAAGAGGUUUUGUAUAUUCUGUAAAUUAAAUGUAAUAUUAUGCUUCCUAUCCUUGUUUGUACUAGACAGAAGAAAGGAUUCAAAUGAAUAUGCAGAUAAAAUAUUAUGAAAUGUAAAACUUGACAGUUGAAAGUGUGGUUCAGAAUCAGAAAUACCUCUUGCUUUGUUUUGAAUGAUUGAAGACCAGAAUGGAAUCACAGGAACGUAACGGCGCUCUAAAGAGAUUGUGACCCUCAAGUCUCUCAGAGCGAACCGCACAACUGAUUAUCUUGGACAUUUGAACUUGAUAUACAGAAAUACGUUUAAACUGUCCUGUUGUGCACAGAUUCCUUUUACAAGGCUGGAUCAUGUAGAUAACUUUUGUACAUUUUUAAUGAAAUACAAUAUUGUUGUUUUUCUA